UAAAGGUGAAAAGCAUGCAAAGUUGGAACGUUCGAAAAUUAGGAUUAAAAGGCCAAAUAGCGUUAGUCAAAUAAGAUCUUUAGAUUACGAUAACAAUGCUAAAGAUUUUAAAGUAAAAGUUUUACUUAAUACAUAUUGUGAGGAUGUUAAUAAACAAGUAUCUCAACUAUCG